AUGCGACAUAUAAGCAAUCGCUGUGUCACUGUGUCAUUGCUAACUGCUUCUUUCUAUGCUGGUUACUGGACUGACAAGUAUAUACUGAAACGAGCUAAUGCUGCCACUGCGCAGUUACCUGCAAAUGCAGUGCCGCCACCCCACAUUUUGCCCGGAUCUUCUUCAAUCGUGGAUAUUGAUCAUAUGAAAGAACAGCCAUCUCGUGCAUCCCAAAUAAUGCGUUACGGUUAUCCUGGUUUUGAUAACUUACGUACUUUCGAAGAUUAUAUUCUAUCAUAUGACCGUCGGAAUAGAAUAGCCCACUGGGUUGUUGAACACCUAAGUUCGGAUAGUUGCUUAUUGUUCUACGAAAAGAUGAGCGACCUGUCUAAUGUGUGUAAAGUAACGAAUAGCGGGUAUGAUCGUGGACACUUAGCUGCAGCUGGCAAUCAUCGGCGAUCACAAAUUGCUAUAGACCAAACUUUCUUGCUGAGCAACAUAGCACCUCAAGUUGGGAAAGGAUUUAAUAGGGACAAAUGGAAUGAAUUGGAGAAACAUGUCAGGAAGCUUGUUAGAAAACACAAAAAUGUAUACAUUUGUACGGGACCGUUAUUUCUUCCAAAAUUAGAGAAGGAUGGCUCAUUGUACAUCAAGUAUAAAGUUAUUGGUCGAAAUAACAUUGCUGUACCGACACAUUUUUUUAAGGUCAUAUUGAUAGAACUUAUGGAUGGCAAAUUCGAAUUAGAAGCAUACAUUUUACCAAAUGCAGUAAUACCUGAUGAUACACCUCUGACUUCAUUCAUGGUACCGCUGGACAGUAUUGAGCGCUCUGCUGGAUUUCUAAUUUUUGAUAAAUUGCCAAAGAACGCUUUAAAGAAGAUUAACGGAAAAUCGAGCAGCAUGUUAUGA